AUGGACGCGAAUGGCACCCUGGCGCUCCCCGUGGUGCCCCCGACGUCGGAGCAGGUCUUUACGACCGUGCACACAGAGUUUGGUCAUUGCGCCAACGAGGAAUACCGCUACACUUCGCAGCACACGCCUGGAACUGAGGCGUUGGACCAUGUCGAGCAGGACCCACCAUACUAUAUUCUCCUCACAACUUAUAUUAGCUACCUCAUGCUCAUUUGCAUGGGCCACGUCCGUGACUUCUUUGGAAAACGCGCUAAGUCAGCAGAAUACCGUCAUCUGAUGCCCGCCGAUGGUUACGCACCCCUCAACUCGGACUUCGACUCGUUCUAUACCCGCCGAUUGAAGAGUCGUAUCGAGGAUUGCUUUGCUGUUCCUGUCACAGGAGUUGCCGGUCGCACGAUCGUCGUCUAUGAUCGGUAUUCCAACGACAAUCACAAGACGCAGCAUCUGACCGGCACCAAGACGCGCACCCUCAACAUCUCGUCGUACAACUACCUCGGUUUUGCCCAAGCGCGUGGUGGAUGUGCGGACGCCGUCGAGGAAUCCAUUCGCCGCUAUGGUGUUUCGGCCUGUGGUCAUAGACUGGAUGCUGGCACUUUGGACCUUCAUUUGCUUAGCGAGCAGCUGGUCGCGCGGUUUGUCGGGAUGGAAGAUUCGUUGAUCAGCUCGAUGGGUUUUGCAACCAACUCCACAAUCAUCCCUGCUCUUGUUGGCAAAGGAUGCUUGGUCAUCUCUGACGAGUACAACCACGCUUCCAUCCGUGUCGGUGUCAGGCAGAGCGGCGCAAAUGUUCGCAUGUUCAAGCACAACGACAUGAAUGCACUCGAGUCUCUUCUACGCGAGGUCAUCAGUCAAGGACAACCCAAGACUCAUCGUCCGUGGAAAAAGAUUCUAAUCAUCGUUGAGGGCCUGUAUUCCAUGGAAGGCACCAUGGUCAAUUUGCCUGCCAUCCUAGAGAUGAAGAAGAAGUAUAAGUUCUAUCUCUUCGUCGAUGAGGCACACUCGAUCGGCGCGAUUGGCCCACAUGGCCGUGGUGUUUGUGACUACUUUGGUGUCGACCCGCGCUCGAUCGAUAUCCUCAUGGGCACAUUCACGAAGUCCUUCGGUGCUGCUGGCGGCUACAUCUCCGGCUCCAAGGCGAUCAUCAACCGCCUCCGCCUUCGCGGUUACUCUGGGGUUUACGCUGAGGCCAUGUCACCUCCCGUACUCACUCAGAUUGUUGCGAGCAUGAGCAGCAUCAUGGGUGUCUCUCCCCCGGUCCCAGGCCUUUCCGCAUCCUCGUCGACCAGCACAAUUCAACAGACCGAUGUCGUGCAGUACAGCCAUCCCGGACCCACGCCGGCCUCGUUGUUGCCCACUUGGAUGAACCUUCCUCGCGCCCUUGCGGACGGUUCGGAGGGUAGCUCGCGUCUUCGCCGCCUUGCCUUCAACUCCCGCUACCUGUCCCGUGGAUUGAGGAAACUGGGCUUCAUCGUGUACGGCAAUCCCAACUCACCCGUCAUCCCCCUUCUGCUCUUCAACCCAGGAAAGAUGGGCGUGUUCUGGCGCAUGAUGCGUCAGCGCAAGACCCCGGUCGUCGUGGUCGUGGUCGCGUAUCCCGCUACGCCACUGGUCACCAGCCGAGUGCGGUUCUGCGUGAGCGCGGCGCACACCAAGGAGGACAUCGACACCAUUCUCACUGCGUGCGAUGAGAUUGGCGACGUCCUGGACUUGAAGGUGGGCAAUGCGGAGAGAUGGCCGCUCCAGCGCAUCUUGGCGAACGCCACAGAGCUGGUCCACAUGGAACACGACUAA